CUUCGUGAAAGAUUUUUUCUGCUCGUAGAAUCCUCUAAGUUUGCUUGUUUCUCUUAUGUACCUAAAAGCUUUUUUUAUGUAAAGUACGGUAGUGGCUGUCAGACAUUGCUAAAUUCGGCUGUAGCGGGAGUGAAAACAGUCAUGAUUCAUGGAUGUGGUUUAACUUCGUGAAAACCGCGGGCUGAAAAAGUGAUAAACCUGGAUUUAACUAACGUUAACGUCAUAAAUAUCAGGAAACCUGUUGUGUGCUGCAGACGAACAUUGUUAACGUUACUGCUAUGUGCGCUGUUGUGUUGGAGCUAACGUUACGGUAACUUGAGGGUAUACCGUUAACGUUAGUUAAUGGCAAAAGGAGAGCAGGAGAGCAGCUAAGUUAAGAUGCCUGUGAGAAAUUCCACCCUCGACACCUUACCUGCAGAGAAAACAUCAGCGAUGGCUGUCUCUGCCAUCAGGAAUUGGUGGAAUACCUGCCAGUUGGACAAAUCGGACACCAAUGACUCCAACACAGAGGAAGAUGAGGAGGAACUUGCAAGGAGGAGGCGGUUAUCUAUAAACCUAAAUCAGACUCUGCGGACCAGGCAGCUGCUUGUAGAAUUUGAUGGUGGCCGACCUAUUUUGAGUCUCAGGGCACCGCUGGACCUGGUUAACUUCCCAUCUAUCUGCUGCCCCCGUUGGCCCAUAGAGUGUGAAGUCAUCACCGACAUUAUCCAUCACAUAGAGUGGGAGCCCCCAGAGCCAGAACCUUUCUACCAGCCCACAGGACAUGAGAGGACACCUACGCCAGUUGGAGAGGAGAUGGGGAAAGUGGUAUACUGCAGUGACCAUGCCACUAAGCGUCCCUAUUUCACCUGCUCUCGUGUUGGAGGAUGCAGGGUGCCGAUUAAGAGCACCACUUCUCAUGACAUCAACCAGACAGACUUCACCCUUGAGUUUGAGUCACGCUUUGAGAGUGGGAACCUUCAGAAGGCUGUGCAAGUGGGUGUCUAUGAGUACGAGCUCACCCUACGCACAGAUAUGUACACCAGAAAGCAUACGCAGUGGUUUUACUUCAGGGUCAGGAACAUGAAGGCUGGGGUGAACUACCGCUUCACUAUCAUCAAUUUAAUGAAGAGCAGCAGCCUGUAUUCUCAGGGUAUGAGACCACUCCUUUACUCUGAGAGGGCAGCCAAGGAGAAAGGUGUUGGAUGGCAGCGCACCGGCUCCAAUAUCAAAUACUACCGUGACUGCAACCAGAAUACAAGGGACAACAAUGGCGACACAAAUGCCCUGUACUCACUCACCUGGACUCUCCAGUUCCCUUGUGACUCGGACACCUGCUACCUGGCCCACUGCUAUCCCUACACCUAUUCACACCUGCAGCGCUACCUUAGGCGCAUUUCUUCCAACCCAGCAGUUGCAUCUUAUUGUACACUGCGGGUGCUGUGCCACAGCCUUGCUGGGAAUGCUGUGUAUGUGGUGACAAUAACGUCCCGGGAGGGCAGCAGGGUGGAGGGCAGGACCAAGAAGGCUGUUGUGGUGACGGCCCGAGUGCACCCUGGAGAAACCAACUCGUCCUGGAUGAUGGAGGGGUUUCUAGACUUUCUGCUCGGGGACUCAGAAGAUGCCCAGCUGCUCAGAGACACUUUUGUUUUUAAGGUGGUACCGAUGCUGAACCCAGAUGGUGUGGUGGUAGGCAAUUACCGCUGCUCUCUGGCAGGCAGGGACCUCAACAGAAAUUACAAGACAUUGCUCAGGGAUUCCUUUCCCUGUGUGUGGCACACCCGAAACAUGGUGGAAAGGCUGAUGACUGAGACAGAUGUUGUUCUUUACUGUGACUUUCAUGGCCACAACCGUAAAAACAAUGUCUUCAUGUACGGUUGUAACAACCGAGGUGAUGCUUCACAGAAGCUUCAUGAGAGAGUCUUUCCGCUAAUGAUGAGUAAGAAUGCCAGUAACAAGUUCUCCUUUAAGAGUUGUAAGUUCCGGGUGCAGAAGAGCAAAGAGGGAACAGGACGAAUCGCCAUGUGGAGACUUGGCAUCAAAAACAGCUACACUAUGGAGGCCACCUUCGGAGGAUCCACUCUGGGUGACAGGAGAGGAACACAUUUUGCUACUGGAGACCUGAAGUCCAUUGGCUUUUGCUUUUGUGACACCCUGCUGGACUACUGUGACCCUGAUCCAACAAAGGUGUUAAUAAAAUCCCAGAAUUCUAUCUCCUGUUUCAGUGUCUUGCGUUUGGGCUCACCUCCUCUGCGCUCACCCACCAAAUCCUGA